ACAUAAUGUAAAAAGACGCUCGUUCAAGUUUUCACAGGAGCUGUCAUCGAGAAAUUAAAGAAAUGGAAAUAGUAUAGUACUAUACCGGGCAGGCCAUAACAUAAAUAAUUUAUGUAUUACAUAUAAAACCUGUGAAUAAAAUUGAAAUUGUGGAAAAAAUUAUGGAAACAGUUGGAAAUUAAUACAUAUGAUGACAAAUGUACUUACAUAUUCUUUUGUAGAGUUCAUAGGAGCACCAUGAGCCAUCAAACAAGUAUUGAUAAAUAUUUUAAAUCGAAAUUGCCUAAAAGUUUCAGUAGCAUGAACCAGAAUUCCCCCGGAAGUAAAAAAAGGUUUAGUUUGAGUCUCGCAAAGGGACCCCCCGUAAAGACACUAAAAAAUGAAUAUACUAAUUCUAUAGUAAACAUAUGUCCAAAAGUGGGCCCUGAAAGGGAAAAUUACAAAACUGAAACUUUAGUUGAUUCAAUUAAAUCUGAAAUAAGCCCGACAACGCCACGGAAAUCGCCAAAAUCAUUCGGUUCUCAAGGAUCUGGAUCAAAAGAUAAAUUUUACUCACCAAACAAAAAGCGAGCUGUGUUAAAAAAAAGAAGUCCAGUCAAAAAGAAUUUAGCUCGAGAUUCAUUUGGAUGCUUAGAAAAAGAUAACUCAAUUGAUCAUGUUUUCAAAGCUGCAAGUGAUGGAAUGGAUGAUAAAACUAUAUUUCUAUUGAACAUUAUCUAUAAUUUUUUGAAUAAUGAGAAUUUGAAGAACCUACUAGAUGAAUCUUCUCAGACUCUUUUAAGUAGAUGUCUUCAUGUGAAAAAGCCUGGUGUCAGAGUUAUAUGUAGAUUGUAUUGGAGGCAGGCCACCAUUUACCGCUGGGAUGAUCUUGAAAAUAUCAGCAAUGAUAGGUCUAAUAAAAUUCAAAAACAAAUAGUACAAGAAAUGAUCAGUGAUUUAGUAAAAAAUGGUUUCCUUGAAAAUGUUAAUUCUGAUGAUACAUGCAAAUUAAAUUUUCAUGAGAUAACUUCCAAAUUGAAAGCUGAUGAAUUGAAACAAAUAUGCAAGGAAUUAAAUAUAAAGGUUCAGUCCAAAAAAAGUGCAAUAAAAUUAUUAGAAAAUUACAGCAACCAAAGUUCCAUCAGCAAGUUCUUUAUACAAGUGAAAGAAAACCCUAUGAACAACAAGACCAGGCUCUUGGAAAUAUUUAAAAUAAAAUUAGGGUCAUGCUACAAGUUAACUGAAAAAGCAAGAAGUACACUGUACGAGUUGUAUCUAUUGACAUACUUAGGAAUGGACUACUCAAUUAUAAGAGAGAAGAGGCUGGAACUUACGUUACUGUAUGAGAAGAUUAAUCGUGAGACAUUUCCAAUUAUCGAAAACAGGGAUAUUGAUGAUGCGAGUGUUGUUUUCAAAAAUCGAAAAGAGUUUGAGAAGUAUCUAGAAGCUCAUUAUAUAUACGAAAAGUAUAUAAUCGAGACGGACGAUAAAGUCAAAUGUAUUUUAGUAGAAACGGUGUAUGAAAUGUACAAGAAAAUUGACAAGGAAGACAUGAUUAGAUACACUUCACUACCGGAGUGGUUGCGUCGAUACACGCCGCCAUAUAUAUUUGUGAAAAUAUUAGGAGAUGGGAUCCAAUCGCUGAAGCGUAAUAAAAGUGACGUGUCUUCGAACUUCGCCGUUGAAAUACUCAGUGUGCUGAUAGCGCAGGACUCGUUCAGGCAACACAAGAAAGCUGGCUGGUAUACAGAAAAAGCUUUAAUACUACAGAAAUAUCUUGGACGGCACGAUGAGGCGGCCCAGUUAUUAUUGGAAGGACUUCAGUCGAACAAACUUUCAGACGACGCCAAAGACGCGAUGCGACCUCAAGCUGUCAAAAUAUCGAAGCAGAAAACAAAUGUAGGAAACAAACUAAGAGUAAUUCUCAACGAAAUCGCCAAUGAAAAUAUCAAAUUGGAAAAGGAUUUGAGCGCUGAGCAUUUACACAAAAAUCCUAUGGAUAACUGGUAUAAAGGCAAAUUGAAGUACGAGGUUUGCAUAGAUGGGAUAAGGCAAGCCAUUGAGGUUGAAGAUUACUGUAUCUGGCAUUAUAUUAACAACGGAACGUACACCCACGGUGAUCACUGGGAAGGCAGAAUAAUCACGACAAUAUUCUUUCUGCUGUUCUGGGAUAUCAUAUACUCGAAACCUGCUCACGCACCAGGUAUAUUCCUCAGUCGCUAUCAGAGGUAUCCAUUGGACUUGUACUGCGAUAGUUUCUACACGAAUAGAAAGAGUGAGAUCGACGAGCGAUUGAGUAGUCUAGCGGCGGGCAGCGCAGAGGAUAUGUUGGAGGCCAUGAGACGUGUGUGGGACUCGAGGCCCGAAGGUGAACUAUCUGGACUAACGAGGAGCAUAGAGUGGGACAGGAUAGAGAUGGUGGCGGGUUGCCUGGGGCCGCGGCGGGUGGGGGCGCUGUGCGAGCGACUCGCCACGAACUACGGGCACGCGCACAGCGGCUUCCCCGACCUCACGCUGUGGAACGCACACACGAAAACAAUAACGUUCAUGGAGGUGAAGUCUGACUCUGACCGUCCGUCCGUGAAGCAGCUACAGUGGAUGCAUUAUCUCCAGCAGCGCGGGCUCCGCACGGCCUUCUGCUACGUCGGCGGAGACUCCGGGCGCCGCGCCAGGCUCGACCGUCCCUGACGCUGCCUCCUAUACACGCCAAUUACUGUGUCUGUCACACGCCCGUCAUAAUUUUUCUACCUAUUCUUGUAACCUCGAGAGGCUAUUCUAGAUUCACCGAGCUGGUAGGUGAGCUCACGGGGCUUAAAACGGGAGUGUUGCUAA